AUUGUGCGUUUUCUGUGUUGCCCGCGCCAUUCCCACCAGCGUGUGUUUCAGUCUCCCAUUACUUUACCUUUGGCAGAGCUUCAGCAGCCACUGUCCCGGGCUCAUAUUCUUUUUCUAUCUGCAUUUUGUUUUGAUAUAUCCUGCCAUGGAUAUAGACAGUGCCAGUUCAGUGGUGCUGCAGGCCUUAACCCAGGCUACCAGUCAGGACACAGCUGUGCUGAAGCCCGCAGAGGAGCAGCUUCGGCAGUGGGAGACUCAGUCGGGCUUCUACUCGGUCCUUCUGAAUAUCUUCAAUAACCACAUGUUGGAUGUGAAUGUCAGGUGGCUGGCCGUGCUGUACUUCAAAAAUGGCAUUGACAGAUACUGGAGGAGAGUAGCACCUAAUGCAUUAUCGGAAGAGGAGAAGACGUCACUGCGAGCUGGUCUCAUCACAAACUUCAAUGAGCCUGUCAAUCAGAUAGCCACCCAGAUUGCUGUGCUGAUAGCAAAGGUGGCUCGCCUGGACUGCCCGAGGCAAUGGCCAGAGCUGAUCCCUGUUCUGCUAGAAUCUGUGAAGGGUCAAGAUGGCCUGCAGCAGCACAGAGCCCUGCUUACUUUCUACCAUGUCACCAAAACCUUGGCGUCUAAACGCCUCGCACAGGACAAACGCCUUUUCCAAGAUCUGGCGUCAGGCAUCUACAGCUUUGCAUGCUCCCUAUGGAGUCAUCACACAGACUGCUUCCUCCAGCAAAUCUAUGCCAGAGAUGAGCCCACAGCACUCAGCUCACUGGAGAGGACACUGCUCUCUCUUAAAGUGCUUCGUAAAUUAACAGUCCAUGGAUUCCAAGAGCCCCAACAGAAUAUGGAAGUAAUGGGCUUCCUGAAUGCAGUGUUUGAAAGACUGAAAGAGUUCUUGGAGUGCUGUCGUCAGGUUGGUCCAGAAAGCACGUGCCGAGAAAAGCUGGAAAAGACCAUCAUCCUCUACACUAAAGUUUUGUUGGAUUUCCUAGAAUAUCAUCCCUGUGCAUUUAUACCCCUCAUCCAGCGCUCUCUUGAGUUUGCUGUUAGCUACGUCUUCACGCCCGCCGGAGAGGGCGUGGCCUUUGAGCGCUUCAUUGUUCAGUGCAUGAACCUCAUCAAGAUGAUCGUAAAGAAUGAAGCAUACAAACCAGCCAAGAACAUCGAAGACAGUAAACCAGAAAGUCUGGAGGCUCACAAGAUCAAGACGGCAUUCUUCACUCACCCCACCCUGACAGAGAUCGGACGGCGCCUUGUCUCGCAUUACUUUCUUUUGACGGAGGAGGAGCUGACGAUGUGGGAAGAGGACCCUGAGAGCUUUGCUGUUGAAGAAACAGGAGGCGACUCCUGGAAAUACAGUCUUCGGCCGUGCACAGAGGUGUUGUUCCUGGAUAUCUUCCACAACUACAGCCAGACUCUGACACCAGUGCUGCUGGAGAUGGUUGAGAAUCUGCAGGGCCCAACCAACGUAGAAAACCCCGUUCAGCUGCUGAUGAAGGAUGCAGUAUACAACGCAGUGGGACUUGCAGCGUAUGAGCUGUUUGACAGUGUGGACUUUGAUCAGUGGUUCAAGAAUCAGCUUCUUGGAGAGCUGCAAGUCAGCCAUCACAGGUACAAGUUGAUACGCAGGAGAGUCAUCUGGCUGAUAGGACAAUGGAUUUCUGUCAAGUUUAAAUCUGUCCUGCGACCUUUACUCUACGAGGUCAUUUUGAGUCUCAUGCAGGACCCUGACCUGGUGGUGCGGAUUGAGACUGCUACAACCCUCAAGCUUACUGUUGAUGACUUUGAGUUCCGAACAGAACAGUUUCUCCCAUAUCUGGAGUCCAUCUUCGGGCUCCUGUUUCAUUUGCUGCAGCAGGUGACAGAGUGUGACACUAAAAUGCAGGUGCUCCACGUCAUUUCCUGCGUCAUCGAGAGAGUAAACAUCCAGAUCAGACCAUAUGUAGGCUGCCUGGUUCAGUACUUGCCCUUGCUCUGGAAGCAAUCUGAAGAACACAACAUGCUACGAUGCGCCAUUCUCACUACACUCAUCCACCUGGUUCAGGGCCUGGGGGCAGAGAGUAAGAACCUGUACCCCUUCCUUCUUCCUGUCAUUCAGCUGAGCACUGAUGUUUCUCAACCACCUCAUGUCUAUCUGCUGGAGGAUGGACUGGAGCUUUGGUUGGUGACUUUGGAGAACAGCCCAGCCGUCACCCCAGAGCUGCUCAGAAUUUUCCAGAACAUGUCAGCUUUGCUGGAAUUGAGCUCGGAGAAUCUUCGCACCUGCUUUCAGAUUGUCAACGCCUACAUUUAUUUAUCUGCUUCGGAGUUCUUGCAGAAUUAUGGAGAAUCAUUGUGCCAAUCAUUUUCCGACCUCUUGAAGGACAUCACGAAUGAGGGGCAAGUUCAAGUUUUAAAGGUGGUUGAGAUAGCUUUAAAGGUUAGCCCCAUACUGGGAUCCCACAUGUUUCAGCCUCUGCUCCCAGCCGUCUUCCGUGGCAUAGUGGACGGCGAGAGAUACCCUGUGGUGAUGUCCACCUACCUUGGCAUCAUGGGCCGCAUUCUGCUGCAGAACUCCAGCUUUUUCUCCUCUUUGCUCUCAAAAAUGGCUUCAGAAUGCAGGCAGGAGAUGGAUCAGUUGCUGGGCAGUGUGAUUGAAAUGUGGGUGGACCGCAUGGAUAACAUCACCCAGCCUGAGAGGAGGAAGCUGUCUGCUCUGGCUCUGGUUUCUCUGCUGCCGUCUGACAACAGUGUGAUCCAAGACAAAUUCUGUGGCAUCAUCAGCAUCUGUAUUGAAGCACUGCACGAUGUCAUGUCAGAGGACCCAGAAACUGGCACAUCUAAGGACUGCAUGCUGAUGAGCCAUUUUGAGGAGCCCAAGCUAAGUGACGACGAGGAGCCGCCAACCGAGCAGGAUAAGAGGAAGAAACUUUUGGCUCUGGAGGACCCGGUGCACAGCGUUUCUCUUCAGCACUUUGUCUAUGAAAAACUGAAGGCGCAGCAAGGCCUGAUGGGGGAUCAGGGCUUCGGGGUCCUGAUGGAGACUGUGGACACCGUGCUGGUCAGGCAGCUCCAGGAGUUCCUCCAAAACCUCUGAGCUACAGUCUGGUGUUAACCUAACAACAGCGUUGUGUUACACUUUACCGCCAUUGUUACUGUGCUAAGAUUGGUUCAAAGUUCCCAAGUCCUACCCAUUACUUAUAUCACACUUAGCCUUGUCCUUAGCUAUUGAUCCUUUUCUUAUAAUCCUUUAAGUCUUGAAGUUGCAUAAAAAUGUUCAUGGCACUUGUAUGAAACGAUAACCAUGCUAGAGCUUCCACCUAAUUCUCCUAGUUUCUAGACUUUUAUGGUUUUGCUAUAAAAUGGGUAGAAGGGGAAAGGACUGUUGGGACAAUUUUCUACCAGAAUAGGAAAACAUUCAGAUUGUAGCAGAGACAUAAACAAACCAAACAAGAAGGACCUAAACAGUGUUUACAGAAUCUAUUCUUAAAAAAAAAAUACAAGAAAUGUAAUUUUGUAUGUAUGUAAAUGACGGAUGAUGAUCUGCAUGACAAGUUUGUUUUUUUUAAAGUUUUCCUUUCCAAUGAUUUUUGUCCUAACUGUUGAAGGAACUACUGAGAAAAGAGUUUUCUUUUUAAGAGGGAGGUUUUUGUUUUUGGUCUGUAGGUGCAAAGGUUUUAGAUGGACGGAGUUGUGCGAGUGCUGAACCACACUUCUAUGUAUAUACAAACUGCUGCUAACUGAUGGUGUGUGAGAGCACUUUAAUAACCAAAACAACCGCUUCACAUUUCUUUGUCAUCUUCUCACUUUCAAAUACUUUAGUAUGAAGGCAGAAGGCUUAAAGAAACAGAAUCUCUAAACAAAACACAGCAUUUAUGCAAAUGGGGAUUUGAUCUACAAAUGUUUAGCCUUUCAAGAGAUAAACCUUUUUUUUUCUCAGAAUAUUGGAUUAAUUAAGUUGAUCAAACUUGAUGUGACCAAAUGUCACCUAUUUCUUCCUUUUAGCUCGCUUCUUUUGGUCCUAUAAAAAAAAUGGCAUGUGAAUAUUUAUCAUGCCAAAUAUGGAAGGUGAGUGUUUUGAUUGGAGUUUUUUGUGGUUUGGGGGGAAAAAAAAGGUAGUUUUGCUUUCCAUCUAGUGGACUGAUGAGCCUCCCCGGGUAGAAGAGCUGUUUUUGACACUGUGAAGAAGUUGACAGUCAGAAUCGGAGCCUUAUAAAUUCAGCCUUACUUUUGAAAUGCAAGACCUUUUUACUGACACGUCUUAGCAAGUUUAGCAGUUUACUUCUUUUCUUGGAUUCUGAUAAUGAUUUCAUUUUUGAGGAUUUGAACGCCACACAGUGGUGGGAUGUUUCUGGAUUUUUGUUUUGAUGAAAAUGAAAAAAAGAAAAAAACUGUUACUUUUUCCUUUUAAGGCCUUCAAUAAAGAUGCAGUAGUCAGCCAGAAUAAA